GUUCGCAAUUCGAUUCGAUUCGAUUCGAUUGAGAUUCGAGUCAAAGCAUUUUCGAAUGAAGAUCUGAGUGGAAAAGGUUAUGAGUUUUGGAUGCAAGAACAGGAUACAACGACGACUCUGAGAAGGCCAACGAAACAGAGAAAAGCCAACAGAACCAAAAACACAAAAAACCACCAACUUGGAAGUGAGAAAACAACAACAACAAUACACUCCAUCUAUCUUUUGCAUAGCCAACAAUAGACACCAGUACAGUACUCUUGAGACAAUAAUAUGCCCCGACAAUCUGGAUUUGCAGACCGCGAGCCAUGUCCCUGGCGCAUUGUGGAUGAUGUGGGCGGUGCCUUUUGUAUGGGAGCCAUUGGCGGUGGUGUGUGGCAUUCGGUCAAGGGUGCUCGAAUGGCUCCUGCCGGAGCGCGAUGGGCUGGAUCGUUGAGUGCCGUCCAAGCACGAUCUCCCGUGCUCGGUGGUCAAUUUGCCGUGUGGGGAGGAUUGUUUGCCUGUUGCGAUUGCACACUGACAUCCAUUCGUCAAAAAGAAGAUCCCUGGAAUUCCAUUGUCAGUGGUGCCGCGACCGGUGGCAUGUUGGCUGUGCGAGCCGGACCUCGCGCCAUGGCCAGUGCGGCGGCCGUCGGAGGAGUGCUGUUGGCACUCAUUGAAGGAAUGGGAAUCAUGUUUACCAAGAUGAUGGCGCCUCCCGUACCAACCGCACAAGAUUAUGAAAAAGCCAUGGCGGCAAAUGACCCCACGGCGCCACCUACUGCCGGCGGGUUGUUUCCAACUGGCGGUGGUGGAUUUGGUGCGCUAUUAGGGGGACCAUCUUCUGAUCAAGCACCCGCUGCUACCACAGAACCACCCAUGUCAGAACCAUUCAUGACGACGGAUGGUACUACUACGUUUUCCACGGAAGCAUCUAAAAGUGACACUGGCAAUGAUGCCAACAGUAGUGGCGGUUCUUGGUGGCCUUUCAGUGGUGGAAGUGGAAGCAGUUAAUGCAAUGCAACAACCAACAGAAACAUGGCAUGGCACGCAACAAACCAAAACAAAACCAACCAAACACUAGCAAGGCUCAAGAUUGUAUAAAUCAGUUUUUCAAAAAUAAUGGAAAUGCUGGACAUGGAUGUAGCAGCCUUUCGGUGAUAGACAAUUUUUACCACUGUCUACCUCGAGUGCUGGACUGGUGACUGUAUUUGAUUUGCAUGUCAAUUUCUUUAUUUAUAUACUAGCUAGCUAGUCUCAUACCGGUACUGUACUGGUACCUACGAAAGUUAGUAAGGCGAGCACCCUCAAUUAUCACAGCAUAGCAUGUAGUCGUCCGCUUCCAGGGCAAAUAUUUAUUAUAAAAUAGUGAUGUGUGAG